GGAACCGGAAGUGGGGGCGGCUGUCCGCUCGCGCUCCCUCAAGUCACUCACUCGCCGCGCGCGGGCGGGAGGGCCUCGCAGUCUCUCUCUCUUUCUCUCUCUCUCUCUCUCUCACUCGCUCACUCACUGACUGACUGACUGACUUCGCCAGUUGGGCCGCUCGCCUCCGGCCGACGACCUCUUCAACCUCACCCGGGAGUUCGCCGGGAAAGCGCCAGGAUGUUCUACCACAUCUCUCUGGAGCACGAGAUCCUGUUGCACCCGCGAUACUUUGGGCCGAACCUACUCAACACCGUCAAGCAGAAGCUGUUCACCGAGGUGGAGGGCACCUGCACCGGAAAGUAUGGCUUUGUGAUUGCCGUCACCACCAUCGACAAUAUUGGCGCCGGGGUGAUCCAGCCUGGCCGCGGCUUUGUGCUCUACCCCGUCAAGUACAAGGCCAUCGUCUUCCGGCCCUUCAAAGGGGAGGUGGUGGACGCUGUGGUGACUCAGGUCAACAAGGUCGGCCUCUUCACCGAGAUCGGACCCAUGUCCUGCUUCAUCUCCAGACACUCCAUCCCUUCAGAAAUGGAGUUUGACCCCAAUUCCAACCCACCGUGUUACAAAACCAAUGACGAGGACGUUGUAAUCCAACAGGACGAUGAGAUUCGGCUGAAGAUCGUGGGAACCCGAGUGGAUAAAAAUGACAUUUUCGCCAUUGGCUCUUUGAUGGACGAUUAUUUGGGUCUGGUUAGCUGAAGACCCCCCC